AUGAGUGGCCGCAGUCGUGCCUACUUGGGCCUGCGUGGCACCAAGCUCAACAUUGCAGUCGGAGUCAUUGCUGGGCUUGAUUUCCUUCUUUUCGGUUAUGACCAGGGUGUUAUGGGUGGUCUUUUGACCCUGGAUUCUUUCAUCAAGCAGUUCCCGGAUCUCGAUACUUCCUCGCAGGCAUAUAACAAUAUGAGCAAGCCGCAGCAGAUCACUCGCUCGGAUAUCCAGGGUACCUCGGUUUCUGCUUACAACGUCGGAUGUUUCCUCGGUUCUAUUGCCUGCAUCUGGAUCGGUGACAAGCUCGGUCGUCGCAAGACUAUUUUCACCGGAUCUGCCAUCAUGGUCAUCGGUGCUACCCUGCAGUGCACGGCCUUCACGCUGCCUCACUUCAUCGUUGGCCGUAUCGUGACUGGGAUUGGCAACGGAUUGAACACCUCAACUGUGCCGACAUGGCAAUCCGAGUGCUCCCAGUCUCAUCGUCGUGGUCAGCUGGUCAUGAUCGAAGGUGCGCUGAUUACUGGUGGUAUCUGUCUCAGCUACUGGCUGGAUUUUGGCUUCUCCUUCCUUGAUCCCAACUCCGUUUCGUGGCGAUUCCCCAUUGCAUUCCAAAUCGUCAUCGCCCUGAUCAUUCUUGCUUUUGUCUUGUUCUUGCCCGAGUCCCCCCGAUGGCUCAUCUUCAAGGGUCGUGAGGACGAGGCUACCGAUGUGUUGACUGCCUUGCUGGACGCCAACCGGGAAGACACUCUAGUUGAAAACGAAUUCAUUGCCAUUAAGGAUACUGUCUUGGAGGCUCAAAACACCACCUGGCGGGAUCUUUUCACCAUGGACGAAAACCGUCACUUCCACCGUGUGGCUCUUGCCUAUGUUAACCAAAUGUUCCAGCAGAUCUCCGGUAUUAACCUAAUUACCUACUAUGCUGCUACCAUCUACGAGAACAGCAUCGGUCUCUCAGGAUUCCUGUCCCGAAUACUCGCUGCCUGCAAUGGUACUGAAUAUUUCCUGGCUUCUUGGCUGCCCGUCUUUAUCAUUGAGAGAGCUGGCCGUCGGCCCCUGAUGUUGAUCGGUGCUGCGGGUAUGUCCGCCUCGAUGAUUGUUUUGGCCAUCUGCACGAGUUUCGCCGGCCAGACUAAGCCUGGUAUUGUGGCUGCUGUAUUCCUGUUUGUCUUCAACACCUUCUUUGCGUGGGGUUGGUUGGGAAUGACCUGGCUGUAUCCCGCCGAAAUUGUGCCCCUGCGUAUUCGCGCCCCGGCCAACGCGCUGUCCACCUCGGCCAACUGGGCUUUCAACUUCAUGGUCGUCAUGAUUACCCCGGUGGCAUUCGAGACUAUUGCCUACCAGACUUAUAUCAUCUUUGCUGUCAUCAACGCCGUCAUCUUUCCCAUCACCUACUUCUUCUAUCCCGAGACGGCGUACCGAUCUCUCGAAGAAAUGGACUCUAUCUUCCGCAAAACCAAGUCUGUCUGGAGUCUGGUCCGCGUUGCACGCGAAGAGCCUCGUCGUUAUGGCAAGAAUGGAGAGUUGCUCAUCAACUACACCGAAACCGAGGAGCACUUCACCCGUGUUGGUGGAAACACUGAGCAAGAGAAGCACAUAAACAAGGAGCAUUCCAAUCCUCAAUACCACAUUGAGAAUGGAGACGCAGGCCACGCUUCUGAGUCGAGCUAG